AUGUCAAUUCGUCAAUGGAAAGCCGCCAUCUGCCAGGCCGAACCAUGUUGGUUCGACAAAGUCUCCGCUGUCAAAAAGACAAUCCGUCUCAUCAACGAAGCCAGCCAAAACGGAGCUUCCCUCAUAGCCUUCUCCGAGGUUUGGCUCCCAGGCUAUCCCAAUUUCCUAUGGUCAGGAACAUACAGGGAGAACAUGCCCUUGGUGCAGAAGUACAUGCAAAACAGCAUAUCUGCCUAUGGGGAUGAGAUGCUCGAGAUCCGUCAAGCUACUGCAGCUGCCAACAUCUACGUAUGCUUUGGUUUCAGUGAGCGGGUUGGAGCUUCGUUGUAUCUCGCUCAGGUUCUUAUUGGUCCUGACGGGAAUAUUCUUCUCCAUCGCCGCAAGACGAAGCCUACGCAUGUCGAAAGAACUAUCUUUGGAGAUUCUACCGGGGAUUCUCUCACUACUGUGGUGGACACUCCCUUGGGAAAGAUUGGCAUGCUGAACUGCUGGGAACACCUUCAGCCACUUCUCAAGUAUCAUACCUACUGUCAAGGCGAACAGGUUCAUAUCGCUGCCUGGCCAUUUAACGCAAAGUGGACUGAGUCCGCAGUUGAGCCCUACUCGGUCUUUUCGGAGGCCAACGAGGUUACAGCCAGUCGCAUGUAUGCACUCGAGGGUGCUGUCUAUGUCCUCGUGACUAACCAGCCAUUGUCUGCCGAAGGUGCUAAGCUCAACAGUGAGGGCCAAGGAAACGCAGACAAGGACGGUUUCAUGCUCGCAGGAGGCGGUGGUGCCGCAGCUGUUUUUGGCCCGGAUGGCCGACAGCUGACCGAGCCUACUGACCCCUUGUUUGAUGGUCUCAUCUACUGCGACAUUGAUCUGGACAAGAUUGACUACGCGAAGACCUUGACUGAUUGCGUGGGUCACUACUCACGACCUGACCUGCUGCGACUGGUUGUUGAUGAUCAACCCAAGAAUUAUGUUGUGCGCGUAUCUGAUGGACCGACGAAUACUCCCUAUCACACUGGUACUAGUGGAGAGACGUUGCUUUCUGCUCACGAGAAGCUCGAUGAACUUCUUGCCAAGAAAGCGAAGAAGGAGGCGACAAGCUGA